AUGUGUAAGUACUUGAUCAACAAACACCCUGACCUUUUGAAUGUUAUUGACAAUGACGGAUACACAGUUCUUCAUGAUGCAGCCUAUGGAGGAAAUAUUGAUGUGUUCAAACUUCUGAUAGACAAAGGCCUAGAAGUUGAAAAUACAACAUUUGAAAGUAGAUCAGUCCUACACUUCAGCUGUAUGAAUGGCAAAUUAACAAUGUCAAAGUUUUUACUUAGCAAUUACCCUCAUUUACUUAAUAUGAAAAAUAUUUACAAUGAAAAUGAACUGUUUGAUGCAGCAUGGGGAGGAAAUGUUGAAUUAUUUAAAUUACUGAUAGACAGGGGUCUAGAUAUCAACUGUUCAUCAAGAUAUGGUAAGUCUAUGCUGCACUGGAGUUGUAGAAAUGGCAAGAUAGAGAUGUCUAGGUAUUUAGUUUCCAAUUACCCUAAUUUACUUGGUGCCCUUGAUAAUGAUGGUAUGAAUGUUUUACAUGAUGCUGCCUUUGGAGGUAAUGUUAAACUGUUUGAGUUCCUUAUAGACAAAGGUCUCGAUGUAAACAGUAGAGCUAACAACGGUAAGACAGUAUUACACUGGUGUUGUAGAAAUGGUAAACAGACAAUGUUUACGUACUUGAACAACAAGUAUUCUCACUUUCUUCAUUUGAAGGAUGAUAAUGAUGAAAAUGUGUUACACGACGCAGCCUGGGGAGGUAAUGUUAACCUGUUGAAAAUGGUGAUAGAAGAAGGAUUUGAUGUAGACAGUAAAACAAAGAAAGGUAAAACGGUCCUUCACCAGUCAUGUAGGAAUGGUAAGUUAGCAAUGUGUAAGUACUUGUUCCAAAUACACCCCGAAUUAGUCAAAUGUAUUGACAAUGAUGGUGGAAAUCUGUUACAUGACGCAGCUUGGGGAGGUCAAGUUGAGGUUUUUAAGUUUGUUUUGGAAAAGGGUUUGGAUGUUUACAGUAAAACAAAGAAAGGGAAAACAGUCUUACACCAGAGUUGUAUGAAUGGUAAAGUACACAUGUGUAAGUACCUGAUCAACCAUUACCCUGACUUACUAGAACAUACUGACAAUGAAGGCGAGUCAGUGUUACAUGAUGCAGCCUUUGGAGGUAAUAUUUAUCUCCUGAAUUUUCUGAUAGACAAAGGCUUAGAUGUAAACCGUAAAACUAACAAAGGUAAAACAGUCCUACACAAAUGUUGUAUUAACGGUAAAGUACAGAUGUGUGAGUACUUAGUCAGUCAUCAGCCACAGCUACUGACUGUUCAGGACAAUGAUGGAGUUAAUGCCUUACAUGAUACAGCUAUAGGAGGUGAGGUAGAACUCUUUAAGUUUCUGUUGGAGAAAGGUCUAGAUGUCCACAGUAAAACAGGUACCGGUCAGACCGUCCUACAUCUCUCUUGUCACGUGGGUAAACACGUGGGUAGUCACGUGGACAAACAGGCAAUGUUUGAUUACUUGAUAGAUUCUUACCCAGAUCUAUUAGAUGUUGUGGACAAUGAGGGUAACACGGUCCUACACGUCGCUUGUGUCCAAAAUCAAACAAAAAUAUGUAGCUCUCUGGUUGAAAAGUUUCCUGAUUUACUUAAUAUUGAAAAUAAGAAUGGGGAGAAAAUUGUUGUGUGCUUUGUUAAUGGUGAGAAGCAAUUUAAAAUGGCAAGCGAACAAUAG